AUGAGGGUCUUGCUCGUCUUGGCCGCGCUGCUGGUUGCCGCGUUCGGCAACGAAACGUUUGAAGGACAUCAGGUUCUCCGCAUGGUGGCAAAGGAUGAAGCGCAACUGUCUCUUCUGAAGCAAAUGGAGGACAUGGAGGAGUACGAGCUGGACUUCUGGAAGAAGGCCAGAGAUGUAGACACUUACGUGGACAUCAGAGUUCCCCUAGGAAGUCUGGAGGCUGUCAAACUUUUUCUAGAGAGCAACGACAUUAAAUACUCAAUCAUGAUUGAAGACCUGCAGGUGAUCCUGGAUGAGGAGCAGGAGGAGAUGGACUCAUUUGCCCGUGAAGCUGAGCCCAGAAAUACCGAUAGCUUUGAUUUCUCCAGAUACCAUUCCAUCAGCGAGAUAUACAGGUUCCAAGACAUGCUGGUGGCCGAGAAUCCCGGACUGGUCAGCAAGCUAGUAAUUGGUCAAAGCUACGAAAAACGUCCACUCAACGUGUUGAAGUUCAGCACAGGUGGAAACAACCGUCCUGCUAUUUGGCUUGACACUGGCAUCCACUCCCGUGAAUGGGUCACUCAGGCUAGCGGCACCUGGUUCGCCAAAAAGAUCGUCAAUGACUACGGCCGCGAUCCUGUCCUCACUGCCAUCCUCAACAAGAUGGACAUCUUCUUGGAGAUCGUUACCAACCCUGAUGGCUUCUACUACACACAUACUACAAAUCGGAUGUGGCGUAAGACCAGGAAGCCCAAUCCUGGAUCCCGCUGUGUGGGAGUGGAUCCCAACAGGAACUGGGACGCUGGUUUUGGAGGCUCUGGUGCAAGUGGCAACCCUUGCUCGGAGACCUACCGCGGGCCUCGGGCACACUCUGAGUCAGAGGUCAGCUCCAUUGUGAACUUCGUCAAAUCUCACCGCAAUAUCAAGUCCUUCGUGUCCAUCCACGCAUACUCGCAAAUGCUCCUCUACCCCUAUGGAUACACCAGGACGCCUGUCAAGCACCAGGCAGAGCUGCACAAUCUGGCCAGGAAGGCCGUCACAGACCUGGCUUCCCUGUAUGGCACUCGCUACCGAUACGGAAGCAUCAUCAACACAAUCUACCAAGCCAGUGGUGGAACCAUCGACUGGACAUACAAUCAGGGCAUCAAGUAUUCAUUAACCUUCGAGUUGCGUGACACUGGACGCUACGGCUUCAUCUUGCCUGCCAACCAGAUCAUCCCCACUGCCAAAGAGACAUGGCUGGCCCUCAUGGCCAUCAUGGACCACACCUCCAAAAACCUCUACUGA